AUUUUAUCCCUUAACACAGAAAUAUUCCAAACUUUAGCCAAAUUUUAGUUGCCCUUAAGAUGAGUUUCUUUAGAAUAUUGAACUUUGGUUUAACACGACGGACUUCGAUGUCAAAAACAGAACACCCAUCAAGAUCUGAUGGAAAUCCAAAUUUAAUAAGAACUCGUGCUGCCUCAACACAAGACACCAUACGAGUUCCCAUAGAGGUGGUUCUUUCCGAGAAGUAUAAUAAGGCUUUGGCAUUUACAUUAGAAGAGCGCCAGCGUUUGUGCAUUCAUGGUCUAAUGCCGGCCUGCGUUCGGUCUUAUGAAGAACAGAUGUUGGGCAUCGAGGAGAACUUCCAUUCCUUCCAAACGAAUGUGGGGAGAUAUCGUUACUUGAGGGCUCUGCGCCAGGGUUACGAAAGGCUGUACUUCCAGUUUGUGUCCAAGAAUAUUAAAAUAGUGCUGCCCAUUAUCUACACACCCACCGUGGGCUUGGCCUGCACCAUUUACGGAAUGUUGUACAGGGGAAUAUCUGGACUCCACAUCACCAAACACGAUCGAGGACAUAUGAAGCAGAUCCUGUCCAACUGGCCUAUGUGGAGCACCGUUAAAGCCAUUUGUGUGACCGAUGGUGAACGUAUUUUGGGUCUGGGAGAUCUGGGAGCCAAUGGCAUGGGCAUUUCGGUGGGAAAAAUGGAACUGUACACGGCUCUGGCAGGGAUUCCACCCAGUAAGCUGAUGCCAGUCUGCCUGGAUGUGGGCACCAAUAACAAAACGCUCCACGAGGAUCCAUUGUACAUUGGUCUUCGGGAUGAGCGUUUGAAAGGCGAUGAGUACGUGUGCUUUGUGGAUGAGUUCAUGGAGGCAGUGGUGCAGACCUUUGGCCAACAGACCCUCAUCCACUUCGAGGACUUUGCCACGCCCAAUGCCUUUAUGUUUCUGAAUAGAUAUAGGAAUUGCUAUUGCCAUUUCAACGAUGACAUCCAGGGAACUGCCUCUGUGGGCCUGGGAGGAUUGCUGGGCAUUCAGCGGAUAACCAAGAAGCCGCUGGAGGAGCACGUCAUCAUGUUUGCCGGAGCUGGAAGUGCUGUCAUGGGAAUUCUUUACCUGCUUAAAACGGAACUGAUAUCCCGAGGUCUCUCCGAGGAAGAAGCCGUCAAGAAUAUAUAUAUCUACGACCAAGAAGGUGUUUUGACCACCCGAAGAAAGAACAUUCCAGAAAAUCUCACAGUGUUCGCCAAGGAUAUGAAGAAAAUCAAGUCCCUGGAGAAGCUUGUGGAGGCAGUUAAGCCCUCGAUUAUAAUGGGUGCAACCUCUUCAGCAGGACUUUUCUCGGAGAAAAUAAUAAGAUCCAUGACUGCCAAUCACGAGCGACCCGGCAUCUUUGCCUUUUCUAAUCCGACCGCAAAAUCCGAGUGCACAGCCGAACAGGCCUACCAAUAUUCAGAUGGAAAGGCUAUAUUCUCGGCUGGCUCCCCUUUUCCGCCAGUGGAGUUCAAUGGCAAAAGGCUCACUCCCGGUCAGGCCAAUAACUGUUUUGCCUUUCCCGGCGUGGUUUUGGGAACAAUGGCGGUUAUGGCCGAAAGUAUGCCUGAUGAAAUCUUCCUUUUGGCCGCCCACAUGCUAUCGAAAUUCCCAACUGACGAGGAAGUAGAGGGAGGUCGUAUCUAUCCACUGGUAGAUCAGGCCAAAGAUGUGGCUUAUAAAAUUGGUGUUGCGGUGGCCAAGUAUCUGAUAGAUAAUGGUUUCGCCAAGCGCUCUCUGGAAUCAGAUGACGUGGAGGAUUAUAUCUUAAAGAAUUCUUAUGAACUGGAGUAUGGAAGUGCCUUGGCUGAGACUUGGAAAUAUCCCAAGAUGAAACCGCAUCCAAGUAUUGCGGCCUUUGAAAAGAAACUUCCUAAGAAGAAGUAGGCGUUCAGUUGAAAAUGUGAAGUG